AUGAAGAACGAUGAAACAAAGAGUAAAUCCCCGUCUCCUAACAAGCAUCUACUUGAGCCAAAACGGUUGCAAAACAUAGCAAUACUAUCUAAAGCACUAAAUGCAACAGCCAGAGAAGUAUGCGAUGCCCUGAUACUAAGGAAGGGUUUGUCUUUGCAACAACUAGAGGCACUGGUGAAAAUGGUACCCACGAAGGAAGAAGAGGAUAAGCUCUUGAGCUACAAAGGACAAGUCGAUGAACUAGGGUUCGCAGAAAAGUUUGUGAGAGCAAUGCUUAGCAUACCAUUUGCCUGUCAACGAGUGGAAGCAAUGCUUUACAGAGAAGCUUUCGAAGAUGAAGUGGCUCACCUCAGCAACUCUUUCACAAUGCUGGAGGAAGCGUGCAAGGAACUAAGGUCAAGCAAGUUCUUCUUGAAAUUGCUCGAAGCAGUGCUCAAAACAGGAAACCGCAUGAACGUGGGGACAACCAGGGGAGGUGCUAGAGCCUUCAAACUUGAUGCCCUUCUCAAGCUUGCUGAUGUAAAAGGAACAGAUGGUAAAACCACCUUGCUCCAUUUCUUUGUUCAGGAGAUAAUUCGCUCAGAAGGAACCAAAGCUUCAAAGAGCAUCAUGGGGCAGAAGCGUGAAAACGGAACGGAGGAAGAGAAGGAAGAAGAUUGUAGAAGAAUGGGACUAAAACUUGUCUCUGAUCUUAGUGCUGAGUUAUGCAAUGUUAAAAAGACCGCCACAAUUGACUUAAGCGUUCUUGCAAGUUCUGUCUCGAACCUAUCAACUGGGUUGGCUAACAUGCAGAACCUAGUAAGAGGGUUGUUGUGUGAAGAUGAAAAAAAUAAGAGCUUUGUCAUUUCUAUGAAGUGGUUUCUGAAUUAUGCAGAAAGAAAGGUACAAGACUUGCAUGGAGAUGAAGGUAGAGUGAUGAGUCGUGUAAAAGAAAUAAUUGAGUAUUUUCAUGGGGAUGUGACUAACGAAGAGUCGAAUCCACUUCAAAUCUUUGUGAUUGUUAGGGACUUUCUGGAGAUGAUAGAUAACGUGUGUAAUGAUCUUAAAAGAUGCAACAAUACUAAAAAUAUAAUUCUUCCACGCAAUCUAAUCCCGUACUUAGCCACUAACAAGAAGACAACACCGUCGGAUCGGACGAGCGAAACCACAUGGAUUGCCAGCAAGUCAACACAAUCAACCGUGGGAUCUUUAGGCACGGAUCGCCAGCGUGGCACGACCGGAGCCGCGAGAUGUUUCCCUGGGUACAAACGCGAUCGGCAGCAUUUGUCGUUUACCCGCAGUAUUUAUUCGGCGUUCCCUCUCGUUUUGCUCAGUGCUUACAAUUCCAAAGAUUCGAAGAAAAGGAAAAAACGCUUCUUCAUCGGGUUCCCUCCAAACGAACCGUUCGCUAUCAUCUCGGAUCACGCAUCAAUGGAGGCGACCCCCAAAGGUGCCGCUGGAAGAAGAGGCGACAGGAAGAAGUCCGUUUCCAAAUCUACCAAAGCCGGUCUCCAAUUCCCCGUCGGCCGCGUCGCCAGGUACUUGAAGAAAGGCCGUUACUCCCGCCGUUUAGGCACCGGCGCUCCAAUCUAUCUCGCCGCCGUACUCGAAUACCUCGCCGCCGAGGUGUUGGAGUUGGCUGGGAACGCCGCACGUGACAACAAGAAGAACAGGAUUAACCCUAGGCACGUACUUCUCGCUGUGAGGAAUGAUGAUGAAUUGGGUAAACUGCUUCAGGGUGUAACGAUUGCUAGCGGUGGAGUGUUGCCGAAUAUUAACCCGGUUUUGUUGCCUAAGAAAGCUACCAGUGCCGAUUCUGACAAACCAUCUACUCCUAAGUCUCCUAAGAAGAAAUAA